AUGUGGUCAAAAUUUGCCGCAGCUUUCUGCAGCCUGCCAAUUCAGACAGGGUGUAUCCGACUUGUUCUUGGGGUUUGUUCCAGGAUAUGUGCCAAAAUACAGAAUGGCGCAGCUGAUUGGAACCAUUUGUUUGCAAGCUCUAAAUUUUUUGAACGCCAUUUUCAUUUUUUGCAGAUUGACAUAACAGCCGCCAAUGAUGCAAUCAUGAGUCAGUGGCUCUUGUGGUGCAGAAGGCAUUUGCAAGGUGUUGCUGAGAAGUUGGAGGCCGUUCGCACUUGCCAAUUGCAUACUCGGCCCUGGCCCGUUUGGGUACCCUUCAAGGAUCCCGACUGGCAUGCUGCAAAGACACUGUUCAUAGCGUUGCGAAUUGAACCUCCAAAGUCUGCUGGUGGACAGACAGGCGCACGACCAGUCGUUGACCUGCGUGAAGUUUUGGUGAAUAUCUUGGAGAAACUUUGUGCUUGGCCUUAUGCGACAAAGCACAUCGGUGAAUUUGAUCUCUACAUUCGGCACAUGUCACAACCAGAGGCCCUUCCCAGAAAUGGUGGUGUCUGUCAUGAUGGUGCCUGUCCUCCUGCUGAUGUCUUGGUGGUCUCUCAAUGGUGUUUCGGUGGUUGUAGGUGAUGUCUUGGCUGGCUACAGUUGAGCAGGGCUUGCCAGUGAAGCGACAGUUGGGCGGUGCAAAUGAGACUGUCAACAGAAUGUAAGCAGACUUUCUGAUUUUCUCAAGAAG